AUGUUUUCCUUGACGAAUCCCGACCGUUUGAAGCUGCUCAACCACAACGAGCAGCAACGUAACCUAAAGCCAGUACACUGUAACAAAUUCCUGCAUGUUGUAAUCGAUCCGGACUUUCUGAAGGAUCCACACGGUACCCAAGUACUGUCACAACUUUCCGAGCUAGGAUGCAAGUACGAACUGACGCCACAACCAGUGUCAUCCACGAUAACGUUCUAUCGAACCAUUACGGCUAAACUUACGCCAGAUGGUGCCAUCUCGGGAAACACAAUUCACGAACCAUUUGCCGUGUAUCUACUUAAUGGUGGUGAUUUUGUUACAGCCGUACGAAAUCAUCAACUGUUGGGAAUGGUAAGAAGCGUUAAGGAGCAGCUUCCGAAUCGCCGACUGAGCCUGAUCGUUUUCGGACUGGUCAGCUACUGCCGUGUACACCGCGGUUCCGUUGGUCGCCGUGAGACGGAACACGCGCUCACCGAAUUGCAAUUGUUUGAGGACAUAUCCCAUCAGCUGCUGGAAACGGCCGAACAGGUUGCAAAUUUUGUUUCCCAGCUGGCGCGAAGUAUCGCCGAACUACCCUACAAACAACAGCAGAUGGAAAAGUACAGCAGCGAACAGGUGUAUCUGGGCAAUGAGAAAAAAGGAUGCGUGCGUGUGGAAGGCACGUCCGGACUACAGCAACUGUACCAGGCGCAGCUCAUUAAGAUUCCUUCGGUAACGCUGGAGAUAGCGGAAGCUAUAAUGAGCGUUUACCCAACAAUGAACUCGCUGUUGCAAGCUUUUUGCGAAGCAGGUGUGGAGGCCUCCAAUUUACUAGCAAACAUUUCGAUUCGACGAGCCGGCGGCCCCAUCACAACAUCGAACCGACGCAUCGGUCCGGAAUUGAGCCGUAAAAUCCAUGCCAUGUACGUUUCUACGAAUCCCAAGCAAGAGCUAUAA